AUGGCAUCGCUCGCCAUGUCGUCUGUUUCCACGGCUUCGCUUCUCUCUUCCGCGGAGUGGUCUUCCUUCGUGCAGGGCAAGGCCCUUGCUGGCACUGCCAAGACUGCAGCAGUGAAAUCCUUCCAGCGUGCAGCAGUUCGUUGCCAGGCAUCAUCCCCCGACGCUUCGUCCUCCUCUGAGUCCUCCUCUUCUCUCGUCCUCCCCCGGCGCCAAGCGAUGCUCACUGCUCUCACCGCUGCCUCCAGCCCUCUGUGGGUGCCUCUGCUGACGUCGUCCGACCCGGCGCUUGCAGCCAACAUCGUGCAGCGCGGCCAGCGAGCAGCGUACCUGAAGGGCCUUAAGGAGGACCUCUUCAACACCAUCAGUGAGACCAGGACAGGAGGAGCAAAUGGGUCCAUCCGAUUCAGCGAGGAGCUCUCACGCCCGGAGAACAAGGGUCUCAAGGCGGCCCUGCAGCUGCUGGAAGGAGUGAAGGCGCGGGUGGACAAAGACGCCAAGGGCGGGCCGCUGUCCUACGCUGACCUCAUUCAGUUCGGAGCCCAAUCGGCCGUGAAGACCACCUUCCUGGCAGCAGCGGUGCGCAAGGCAGGGGGUGAUGCCGAAAAGGGGCUCAACCUCUACUUCGCUAUUGGCUCCCCCGGCCAGUGGGGUUUCUUUGACAAGCAGCUGGGCCGAGCUGACACCGAGCAAGCAGACCCGGCAGGGCGAGUCCCGAUCUGGGAGCAGCUCAGCGCCGCGGAGGUCAAGGAGAAGUUCGCCGCCCUGGGGCUGAGGCCCCGGCAGGUGGUCACCCUGGCGCUGUUCCUGGGGCGGGACUUGGAGGCUGUGGAGGCAAAGCUGGAGGGGGAUGAGGAGAUGAGCAAGUGGGUCGCCAAGUACCGGAAGAGCCGCAACACCGUGUCCCAGACUGACUACGAGGUUGAUCUGAUUGGGGCGUUCCUGAAGCUGUCUUGUCUUGGGGCACCCAUCAAUACUGAGGCCUACACCUAUGAACCACCCAGGGUGGACUCUUACUUCAUAUGCAGUUUAUUGUACCGUGCCGUCUCUUACGCGUAUCGCCCCCCUGACUUCGCCUCGUCGUCCGCCCGCCAUCCUCCCACUUCCGCCUCCACUUCACAUCCCUCCGCGUAUUCCCCUUCCCCGCCCGCGCUGGUCUGCAAGCGCUGGCGCAAGCUCUCUCCCGCCUUCUCCGCUCCACGCGCCAUGUCUUGCGCGCAGAUCCUCCGUGCGCUAUCCCGCCUGCCGUACCUAACGUUUCUUGACCUUCCGCGGGGCGCAAUCGUUGACUCCGUUGACUCCGCUGAUUGCGUUGACCCUAUUGACUCCGCCGACUGCGUUGACUCUGCCGACUCGUUAUUCCGCGGAUUAUCCGCUGCCUGCCCGCAGAUCCGCUCCCUGCGCAUGGCGGAGCAGCCUUCGCUCCGCAUGGCGGAAGACCAGCGCGCCGAAUCAUCUUCCGCGGACACUCCAGCGCUGCCAGUGAUUUCCGCGGACCUUUUGGAUGCGCUCUCCCGCUGCCGCGCGCUCACCCAUCUCCGCCUGAUCACCUCCGCCUCGCGCACUUGCGCCCAUGAUACCGCCGCUUCCGCUGUGGCGGAAGCUGCAUUCCCUGCUCCGCCGUCCAUGCUUCCGCGUUACUGCAAUUCUCCGCCCGUCUUAGAUGUCCUCCACGUGUCAGGCCCCGAUCACCUCAGCUACCUCUCCCCCGCGCUUCCCCGCUUAACCUGCUUGCGUCAGCUCCACGUCAGCAACGUCUCCAGCCUGCCCGAAGCGCUCAGCACCCUGCGCCAGCUCAGCACCUUAGAGAUUAACGCGGAGCGCGGCUUCCAGAGCCUUCCCGACGCGCUGUUUUCCAGCCUACCUGUCCUAGAGACCCUUCGCAUACGUGGCGCUUCGGAGUUAAUCUCCCUUCCGGAGAGCCUAGGCGAACUUACCUCCUUAAAAGACCUCCUGAUACAGUCCUGCAACGUGGAAUCUCUCCCCACCAGCCUGGGAAACCUGGGCAAACUGACAUCCCUCGUUUUAGUCACAUGCAAGCAGCUGCUGCAACUGCUACCCGAGUCGAUUAGCGGGAUCCGCUCGUUACAGCGACUCCGAGUCUCCGAAUGCCCCCGCCUCGCGCCUCUCCCGGACUGCUUCCAGCAAAUGGUGACUCUACGGGAGGUGACUGUAUCGGGGUGUGACAGAAUCGCGUCGCUGCCGUCCUCGUUAUUGCGUCUGUCUUGUAUCGAGUCACUGGAUGUGGAGUUUGAUCACGGGCAUAUUACACGCACCUCUCUGCCUCCCUGGUUGGGAUAUUUACCCUCACUUCAACACAUUACCCUCGCCUCCUGUUGGAGUUUACAGCAUCUGCCACCCUCUCUGCCCCUCCUCUCUCCCUCUCUCCAAACCCUCCACAUACAUCAGUGUAAUUCUCUCACAUCCCUGCCCGAAGAUUUUGGGCAACUCACUUCUCUUCAGCACCUGGAGAUUCGAAACUGCCCGGCGUUAUCCCAGCUGCCCGACUCAUUCCCUAACCUUUCUUCCCUCCAAUCAUUGGACCUGUCAUCGUGCGGAAAUUUGACAUCCCUGCCCAGAGAUUUCGGGCAGCUGACAGCUCUCAAGCUCCUAAGGCUCGCCUGCCUGUGCAAACUCGUCGAGCUGCCCGAGUCCGUCGGGCAGUUGUCACAUCUCCAUUCAUUUGAGAUUCAGGGGUGUCCAAGAAUCACCACGCUUCCACCUCUCUCCCACUGCACAUCCCUAACCCACCUCCACAUUGCAAACUGCAAGUCUCUCUCCUCUCUCCCCUCCGACCUCCACUCCCUCCUCUCACUCCACUCCCUCUACCUCCUCUCCUGCCCAGCCCUCCACUCCCUGCCCGAAAAUCUUGGGCAGCUGCCUGAACUCUCAUACCUCGAAGUCCGCAGCUGCAGGUCACUCGUCUCGCUGCCCGCUUCCCUCUCCCUUCUCUCCACCCUCUCUUCACUCAAGAUCGCCUGGUGCAGCAAGCUCACCUCUCUCCCACCCAGACUGGACCACCUCACUUCUCUCACAUCCCUGUCCAUCAUCGGCCUUCCCAGCCUUCGCACUCCAUCGCCCUCUCCCUCGGCUUCUCCGGGCAGAUUUUUCCGGCGGCAGCUGCCCGGAUGCUUUCCGCAGCUGCCCAAGAGCUGCCUCCGUUCAGAAGUGAACGCAUUCUUCGUGUUAUCUCCGCUUCUGUGGUCCGCUUUUGUGGUCCGCUUUGUGGUCCGCUUUCGCCGUCUAGCGCAGCCGCUCGGCAUUAUGGCCGCGUCGCCGGCUUCUGAGGGCGACGCCCUCGGUACAUCAAGUUCAACCCAGUCAACGCAUGGUACCGCUGACCAAGCUGCGCCAGAUGUCGCGUUGUCCACGUCAGCCACGCCCGCCACGUCAGCUGUACCGGCCACGUCAGCGCCGGAGAAAGCGGCGCAGGGGCAGGAGGCAGGCGUGCCGAGUCUGCAUGACAUCUCGGAUCACAGCAGCGAGGAGGGCGACAACGACCGGGAGGAGAAGGGUGUGUGGGGGACACCGGGUGCUGCUGCGGACGGGGAGAAGGACGAGCAGGGAGCGAAGGAACGGUCGGAGGCAAUGACUAAUGGCAAUGGCACGAAUGGGAUUGCCGCUGCGAAAGAGGAUUCUGGCGCCGCUGCCGAUGCGUCUGCUGCUGGUGCUGCUGCUGCUGCUGCUUCUGCUUCUGCUGCUGCUGCUGCUGCGAAGGAGAAUGGGAGCGGUGAUGGUAACGAUGCUGCGAAGCCGCUUGGGCUGCUCGCUGCGUGGCGGCGGAAGGCGGAGCGACUGUUUCCUGCGCUGCUCAGCAAGGUGCCACGUGGCAGCUACUGGGCGGUCUUCCAGGCGUUCUUCCUGCUUGGGUGGACGGCAUUCGGCGGCCCUUCUGCGCACAUCGCCAUGUACCACAAGCAGUUUGUGGAGCUGCGCGGGUGGAUGUCAGAGGACGUGUUUGCGGAACUCCUGGCGCUCACACAGGCAGUGCCGGGCCCAUCCAGCACUCAGAUGUCAUUCUCCAUCGGCAUUCUCCAGAAGGGCAUCACGGGCGGGCUGCUCUCGGGCGCAUUGUUCCAGUUCCCAGGCGCUCUCAUCAUGGCCAUCGCUGGCUUCGGAGUUGCAAAGUUCCUUAUCGACCCAGCGCCCUGGCUGUCCGCGCUCUCAGCUGGGCUGGCAGCGGUGGCAGUGGCGCUGGUGGCGGAAGCAGCAGUGGUGCUGGGGAAGAAGAUGUGCCGCAACAAAGUGACACGGGUGCUGUGUGUGGCGUCUGCCGUGAUUACCUUUUACUACGCGACCCAAUGGAUCUUCCCCACAGUUAUUCUCCUUGGCGGUGCGGUGACCUAUUUCACGGAGCGCAACAAGCCCAUUCCCCCGCAGCGCAGCGACAUCCAGAGGCUGGGGGUGUCUCCCUUGGUGGGUGGCCUGCUGCUGUUCGCGUGGAUCGGCAUUCUGGUCUUCUCCAUCGUGUAUAAGAACGCCACCAGCUAUGAGUCUGCAAAGUGGAUCCACUGGUUCGAGGGCUUCUAUCUCACGGGGUCAGUAACUUAUGGAGGAGGGCAGGUGGUGCUGCCGCUGCUGGAGAGCGUUGUGAUUGACUAUGAGACCGUGUGCCCCCCCAAUGGAGGAAAGUGCUAUCAAGUGGAGGCCAACACAUCAUGGGUAACUUCCCAGCAGUUUCUCGCCGGACUCGCUCUUGCACAGGCCCUGCCUGGACCACUCUUCAACUUCUCGGCCUACAUCGGUGCCAUUGUGGGGGGGAUGGGCGGUGUGAUCGCGUGCUGGUUUGGCCUCUUCUCGCCCGGCAUUCUCAUCAUUUACGGCGUGCUGCCCUUCUGGGGCAAGUUCCGCCAGUGGAAGCUGUACAAGCGUGCGACACCGGGCUUUAACUCAACCGCAAUCGGUCUCAUUUGGGCAUCAGUGUUUUCCCUGGGCCUCAAGGUGUACAAAGUCAGCCCCUUCCCCAUGGCAUCACUCUGCAUUGCCAUGAUUGGAUAUGCUUCUACCAAUUUCCUCAAGAUUCCUGCUCCGCUUGCCAUCCGCGCCAUUGCUUCCGCGAAACAGCUUGAGGGAUUCGACGAGGACGAGUUUGAAGACGCAGCUGACGAAGAGGAGACGGAAUUCGUCGCCCCGCAGCGCCCACCGACGCGAUCCGUCACCCUCGAGCCGGAUCAGGGCACAAAAGCAACGGCUGGAUCUGAUCGAGACUCCAAAUCAACGGACACCACCGCACCCGAAGGACCGGAUUCCAUUGGCGGCAGCGGGGGUAGGUCAGCAGGGCAAGCGGCGGACUGGGAUGACGAGGAGUUUGAAGGGGUGACGCCCGGUGCUGGCGCUGGUGCCGGGGGAGCAGCGGCUGGCGGGAAGCCGUUUUUUGGCAAGCCUGGAUCCGCGCAGCAGCAGGCGCAAAAGGCUCGCGCGCGGAGGAUUUCAGUUCCGCGGAAGCCGUUCCACCCGCGGGACUUCAUUGCGGAAGGGGUUUUUCUUGCGUUCCUCGUGAUUUUCGCGAUCAACUAUUUUGUCGGCAAAUGGCAGAACGAAAAGAUUGCGCUUUCUUUCGCGAAUCAGUUUGCGACGGAGGGUAACUUGCUGGCGAAGAACUUCGCCCUGAUCGGAACGGGCGACACCAGCGAACCGAUCCUCGUCAAAGAAGGCCAGGCGACGUUCAAGCUGUACGCGAGCGGGCGAAGGUUCUGCGAAGCGAUGCUGGUUACCCUAAACCUGCGAAGUCGCCACGAUCUCGCGACGCUCGCAUGGGACGCGCUCCUUACGUCGAAGAAAGAUCAAGUCGACGUGGACGUCUACAUGAACGACGAGGACAUGGCUCCGUUUGUACUCGCUAUAGUCCCGCGCAAAUCCGCUAAGGCGUUUAUAAAAGAAAACGCGGAUCUUAAGGAGUUUGCGAGCAUGCUUGACGCGGAAGUGGUGCUCAAGGGGGGAGGCGGGAGCGGGAAGAACAAGUGGGCCGCAGACGAGUUGGCUAUUAUCGGGGAUAGCAGGGAAGCGGCGUAUGAGCUUCUGUCUGACGUCAUCAUUGAUCAGCUCUUUGGCGAGAAGUGUUUCCCCAAGAUAGCGCCUCUCUUCCGCGCGCUGCAUUUCACGGAUCAGCACCCCACAGGCGCAGGCGCGCACCGCAAGGUGCUGCGCUUCUCCUUCCUGCUGCCCCGAGGGGGCGCUGCCGAGCUGGCGAAGCUGAUGGCGUCCGUGCCAUUCUUCAUCGAUGCAGUGGGGAAAUUCCGACUCAGUGCGCAGGCCAAGAGCAAGGCAGAGGCAGCGCGGGCAAAAGCAGCAGAGGCAGCACUAAAGGAGACGAAGGAGAAGAGGCAGGAGGAGCUGCAGCGGCGGAAGGAGGAGCGGAGGAAGGCGGAAGAAGCGAAGCUGAGCCCAGAGGAGCUGGCGAGGCGGCGUGAGAAGGAGAGGAUAAAGGAGCUGAAGCAGAGCGCACCGAGGGCUAAGAUCUCAAGGAUGCAUUGA